UGCACCGCACUCACCGGAAGUAGUUGACUGGGCGGAAGCUUAUCCACAGGAAGUGGCAGGCGUACUUUCUCUUCCGGUCUCUUUGGCCUCGCCGGUGGAAGCAAGAUGACGAAAGGAACGUCAUCCUUUGGAAAGCGUCGCAAUAAGACGCACACGCUGUGCCGCCGCUGUGGCUCCAAGGCCUACCACCUUCAGAAGUCGACCUGUGGCAAAUGUGGCUACCCUGCCAAGCGCAAGAGAAAGUAUAACUGGAGUGCCAAGGCUAAGAGGCGAAACACUACCGGGACUGGUCGGAUGAGGCACCUAAAGAUCGUCUACCGCAGAUUCAGACAUGGAUUCCGUGAAGGAACAACACCUAAACCCAAGAGGGCAGCUGUUGCAGCAUCCAGUUCAUCUUGAGGAUUUCAAUCGAUCAUAAAAUAAAUGUUCUGGUUUCAAAAA